AAAAUUGGGAAAAUAGAAAAAAGGAAAAAAAAGAAAGGAAAAGAAAAGACCGAGAGAGGCAAGAAGGCGAAGAUUGGGACCCCACCCAGAGGCAGUGACUGAAGUUUGGUUUUUGGCUGCAAAUUUCAAUUUCUUCCCAACUUUUUUUCGUUGAGGUCAGAGCUUCAAACAAUCUCUAAACCCCUUCAAUGUUUGGAUUCUUCUAAGCUUCGUGUUUCUGCUUCAUUGCGCCAUCGUUUUCUUCUUCAUUCUUCCCCCAACUUCGCUUUCUCUUCCUCCACCUCACUGAUCUCCAUCAUUCUACUUCCAAUUCCCUACUUUGAACUUCACAGCUCGCUAAUUCCGCCUAACAGACGAGGGUUUUCUCUUAUUGCUGCUCUGCUGCAAUUCGCCGUUCAAGGCUUCUAUAAAACCCUUGGUUGGUGCUCCUACUAUUUAUUCUCAAAUGAUUUGUCCUGAAUGACGUGGAAGUAUAAAUUCUGGGGGAUUUUGAAUUGGUACACUACCACAAUUCAGCUUCAAUUCGAGUAACUGGGGUUUGGAGCUACAGUUUACAGUGUAUGAACCGGCCUCUGGAGAAAUGCAACCUCAGCACAGCUCCAGAAUUGAUUUAGGCGACUUGAAAGCUCAGAUAGUUAAAAAACUUGGAAAUGACAAGUCAAAGCGCUACUUCUUCUACUUGAAUAGAUUCUUGGGUCAGAAGCUGGGCAAGGUUGAAUUUGAUAAGUUGUGCGUCCGUGUGCUUGGAAGGGAAAAUAUUCAGCUCCACAAUCAAUUAAUAAGGUCAAUUUUGAAGAAUGCAUGUGUAGCCAAGACCCCACCACCAAUAAAUGUGUCAGGACAUGCCCAAUCUGUGCUACAAGCUUCAAACAAUUCUCCUUGCAGGGAAGAUGGUCCUGAACAAACUGGAUCUGCUUUUCCAAAUCAGAAUCAGACUGUACCAAUUUGGUCAAAUGGAGUUCUGCCAGCAUCCCCACGGAAGGGUAGGUCUCUCUUGCGUGAUCGAAAGUUUAGGGAUAGGCCAAGUCCACUUGGACCAAACGGAAAGGUCACAUGUCUUUCAUAUCCAUCAACUGGUACCGAAGAUAGUGGCAGCAAAGUUAUUACAGAGAAUGGUAACGUAACCUUGUGUGACUAUCAGAGACCAGUACAGCAUCUCCAAGCAGUAGCCGAGCUACCUGAGAAUGACAUAGAGGGAGCAGUUCAGCGGCCAUCAGAAAAACCAAGGAUACAUCCAACAGAAGCAGCUAUUCUUGAAGAUGGAGAAGAGGUGGAACAGUCGGAUCCCUUAAGCUUCCUGAGAGGUCCUCUGCUUCCACCUCUUGGCAUUCCAUUUUGUUCGGCUAGUGUAGGUGGGGCACGCAGAGCCUUACCAAUUGGCAAUAGUGGUGAUUUUUCAAGUUGUUAUGACAGUAUUGGACUGUCUGAUACAGAGACAGUGAGAAAGCGCAUGGAGCAAAUUGCAACUGCACAAGGGCUUGAAGGCGUCUCCAUGGAAUGUUCUAACAUCCUGAAUAGUACUCUGGAUUUGUACCUGAAGCAAUUGAUAAAGUCUUGCCUUGAGUUAGUGAGAUCAAGGUCUACACUUGAGCAUACGGGCCACCCAAUACAGAAGCAACAGAAUCAAGGGAAGGUAAUAAAUGGUAUGUGGCCUAGUAACCACCUACGUGUACAGAAUAGCAGCAAUGGACGACCCGAAGUUUUGCAGGAAAAGAGUUUAGACUGCUCAGUGUCAUUGCUUGAUUUCAAAGUUGCUAUGGAGCUCAAUCCGAAGCAGCUUGGGGAAGAUUGGCCUUUGCUGUUGGAGAAAAUUUGUAUGCGUACCUUUGAGGAAUAAGCAAUUGGAAAGGUUUCUUAGUCCUGCAGCCAUCCUUUUUGGCUAGUCUGUUCUGAUCCAAAGGGCUAUAAAGUUUACCUGGGGGGUAUCUCCCCAUUCUGCCCUUCUUUCUGGGGUACACUUGAUUGCUCCCAAUGGGUUCAGGCUCCAAGUUUCCAAGCUAGAAUACUGUAACACUAUUGCCUGUUCCACUGAAGAAGUUAAAUUAAUUCAGUUAAGCAAGGAAAGCUUUCAGCCAGAAUGCCCAUAAAAGGUUGUUCUGUUGCAUUUUUAGCAUUCAUGUUGGCCCCCAUUUGCCACUACCAUGUAACUUAGCCUUUUCAUGUAACUUAUUUUUGAGAGAAUCAAAAAAGUUUUGCAGGGAUACUGUUAUUUAGUUUGGUGAAAGGUGAAUCACCUGGGUGAGAACUUCGGGUGCUCUGUAUGUAUCUUUAGAAUCUGAGAAUUUAUUGGAAUUUCAAUAUCAAUAACAAAUUAACAUCCAUUUCAA